UCUUCUUUAAACCAAAAUGGAUAAAAACCAAAUUUGAUCAGAAACAUAACUACCUAUUAACAGACAAUUUAUGGUAAUUGUGCUGGAUUGAGGGAUGUGUCCCUGCUGUAAGUGUUUGUCAGAUGACCGUUUAUACCAAUGGGCCCCUUGUUUUUUUUAUCUGAGAAAGCUUUGAUUGGUCUGUAUAUGAUUCCAGACGGUUGCCAUGAUGUUGCCGUAGUAGGCAGUGGCGUGGGAGGGACAUACACAGCAUGGAAGCUGAGGAAACAUGGAUUCAAUGUCGGCCUGUACGAGUUAUCUGACCGGUUGGGUGGUCGUUUCUUUACACAUCAUUUCCCGGAAACUCAUAUUCCGAUCGAACUAGGAGCUAUGAGGUUCAUCAGGGAAUCACACUCGAUACUGUACCGUACCGUACAGGAGGUCGGAUUAAAGGCAGAAACAAUGGUCAGUAUCGCCAGACAGCCUAGAGGUAGCUAUACACUGAGAUUCCUUAGGACUGUCACGCUGGACGGGACAACAAGUCCGACUGAUGAGUCUAUAACGGUGUGUAGUCGCCGGGUAGUACUGGCCAUUCCAACACCAGCCUUGCUUAAGGUCAACUGGGAGGUGUUACAAACGUCACAUAUUCGUUCACAAUUGGACGCUGUGAACUAUCAUAUUGCUGUGAAAUUGUAUUUGGUGUACGAUUACCCUUGGUGGAAAAAAUACCUCUGUAACGUCCAUUCAUACUCUGGGAGUUGUAAUUCACAUAAUUAUAUCAGGUCAACGACUGGAAUCUCUAGUUACUGUGAUGGUAGAUAUAAGGGAGGGGAUGGUCCUGCACUAUUUUCAGACCUUCCCCUGGAUAUGACGCUUGAUUUCGGCGUUUCCAUCAAGACAGGUAAGGCUGUGUUGUUGGCUGCAUUUUCAAUACAUGAUAUCUGGACAGAGUUACAGAAACUCGGAGAACCACUAACACAGGGCUACCAUAGCGUGUCGACAGAAGUAGUCCGCCACGCCCAUAUAUACCUGGCAAAGCUGUACAAUCUGUCUGUACACGAGAUUCCCACUCCAACGGAUGGGGUAAUAUUUAACUGGGACGAAUCCCCAUAUGUUAGCCCAUUUCAUUUCGUGAAAGCAGGCGUAGAUUGGAAAGCAGUUUGGAACACCAUUAGUAAGCUAUCGGAGACUGAUGACGUCAUUAUCACUUCCGGGUCCUACUCGAAACACAUGUCUGACACGUGGUCCGAAUACUGUCUAGAAUCGAUUGAUGAAAUGCUUAAUAGUAAGUUUUGAUUGAAACAACAUCAAAUUAUUCCUAUAUAUUAUAUUGAUAUUGCAAUAAAAAAGU